CACCUCAAUCUCCACCUGUCUGAUGCCUACACGAAUUCAGAUCAAGGUUGUUACUAAACAGAUAAAAUAUUUGGAAGAAAAGAUACAAGUUCUGGAACCUACCAUUGAACUUAUGAAAAAUGUUGUUACAAAAAGUAAGGCGUGGCUAGAAGAAAAAACUGACCAAUCAUCUGUCAGCUACAUCGAGCUAUCACAAGAACUGGACACAGCAGCCACGGCCUUGUUGGAUGUGACGUCACAUAUUUCUGAUGAAGACAACAAGGAUGUCAACAAACCAACGCCAUCUUUACCACAGCCUGACACACAGACAACAGCAACAUUUCUAGCAGGAGAAUCAACAAGACAACUCAAGACACAAGUUCAACAUACAGCGGUUGAAGAACAUCCUGACCUCGAGCGAAGACUAGCCUAUAUUGAAACAACACUAUCUUCACUACAGGACACACAACACAAGUCUACAGAUGACAUAUCAGAAAUUAAAAAAUGGAGAGACAACUUUGUAACAGAGCAGAGUGACAAUUGGGUAAACAUUGAACAACUGACUAAAAAACAAAAGCAGAAUUUUAAAAACAUCAGAAAACAAAUAAUUGAACAAGAUAACAAAGUAAAGGAGCUGAACAAAGACAUUGAAAGUUUAAAUGAAAAAGAAUCCAAGUCAAACGAAACACUAGAGAAACUGUCUCUAGAUAUGAAAAGAUAUGAAAACAACCUCAGAAAACAAAUAAUUGAACAAGAUAACAAAGUAAAGGAGCUGAACAAAGACAUUGAAAGUUUAAAUGAAAAAGAAUCCAAGUCAAACGAAAUACUAGAGAAAAUGUCUCUAGUUAUGAAAGGAUUUGAAAACAACUUACACAAAAUAAAUAAAGAUAUGCAAGAUUACACAGACAAAACAGACAGUAUGACUCAAGAAAUUAAAAGACAUUCGGAUCUGAUGGCUGCCCUACAAGAGGAGUGUAAUAAAAUCUUGUGUAAUACAUCAACUCAAUUAAAAAAGCAAAAUGUAUUGUACAAACUACUACAGCAAAGAUUGAUGCCCAUUGACAGACUGAUUCAAAUCUUUAACCAGAACUUGGAAACUAGGGAAGAAAAAACUACGAAGCUUGAAACUAUUGAAGCUACUAUUUCAGUGCUGUCCAAAGAUUUGAAUCUUUUAGAGUCACGUGUAUGUAACAGAUAUGCUUGUUAUGUACAGCUUGCUGACCCCACACCUGUCAGUGCUGGAUCAACAAUUUCAACAUUUAGUGAAGUACGUGAAUAUAACGGUCAACAUUUUAAUCAAACAACAGGAACAUUUGUAUCACCACAUGAUGGUUUAUAUCUUGUCUGUGUCAGUCUACAUGAAUGGGGAGAUAAACAUAUUCAAGUUCCUGUGGUGGCUGGAGACGAGUGGUGUAAGUCUAUAGAAGUGAAAUGUGCCGGCACUAGCUCUGCUGGGUCAGUGGUUGUUGACAUGAAGAAAGGUCAAGAACUUUACUUUUAUGCGAAUCACGCAGAUCAAGGCGCAGCGCUAUCCUGGUUUAGUAGUUUUACUAUCGUUAGUUUAUAGAAGUACAACACCAAACAUGUGGUUGGUAAAUUCUCAAAACAAUAAAAUAUGUAACCACCAUGUAAUACACACGCUAACCACUUUCUUUGUGUAUAGACUACAUGUCCGCACAAACUUAAGUUGUGUAUAUGUUAUUUGUUUAGUCAUCGUUUGGGAGUUCUAGCUUAUUCAAUGUGCUCACCAAUAAUGUGUCAUACUUGAAGCCACUAAGCUCAUAUCUCUAAUAGACUAUAAGACUGCUUUGUUUAAAUAUCUUUAUCAGUAUGUGAGCACUAGGCUGAGGAACUUUGUCCAGAAAAAUCAAAGACAUGCCUGGAAGAAACUGGCCCUCGAACUGAAAUUUGAUAGUUAAUGCGGCCCUUGGACUGAAAAGUUUGGAGACCCCUGUCUUACACGAAAAAAUUUACUUAUUAAUUAAAGUUCGUUAGCCAGACAGACCAUAACGUGAUGUUCGUUAGCCAGACAGACCAUAACGUGAUGUUUGUUAGCCAGACAGACCAUAACGUGAUGUUCGUUAGCCAUACAGACCAUAACGUGAUGUUCGUUAGCCAGACAGACCAUAACGUGAUGUUCGUUAGCUAGGCAGACCAUAACGUGAUGUUCGUUCAUGUUAAUUGUUAAAAAAAAAACUUAUACCUGGAACUACAUGAUAAUGAACUAUUUAAAAAAAGAUU